AUGCACGGACCGCCCUCCGGUGACAGCGCAUGCCCAUUGCGCACGAUCAAGAGAGUUCAGUUCGGCGUCAUCAGCCCAGAUGAACUUAAACGGAUGUCGGUUACCGAAGGGGGUAUCAAAUACCCUGAAACCACAGAAGGAGGACGUCCUAAGCUUGGUGGCCUUAUGGAUCCGAGACAAGGGGUCAUAGAACGCAGUGGGAGAUGUCAGACAUGUGCAGGCAACAUGACUGAAUGUCCGGGCCACUUCGGACACAUAGAGCUGGCGAAGCCGGUUUUCCACGUCGGCUUCAUAUCAAAAAUAAUGAAGAUUCUUCGAUGCGUCUGCUUCUUUUGCUCAAAACUGCUGGUGGAUUCCAACAAUCCGAAGAUCAAAGAAAUCCUUGUGAAAUCCAAGGGCCAGCCCAGGAAGCGUCUAACCCACGUCUACGAGCUGUGCAAAGGCAAAAACAUAUGUGAGGGAGGGGAAGAGAUGGACAACAAAUUUGGAAUGGAGCCACAGGAGACGGAGGAGGACAUUACCAAGGAGAAGGGUCACGGCGGCUGCGGGCGCUACCAGCCGCGCAUCCGACGCUCGGGCUUGGAGCUGUACGCCGAGUGGAAGCACGUCAACGAGGAUUCCCAGGAGAAGAAAAUCCUGCUGAGUCCCGAACGCGUCCACGAGAUCUUCAAGCGCAUCUCGGACGAAGAAGACAUCAUCUUGGGCAUGGACCCCAAGUUCGCCCGUCCAGAGUGGAUGAUUGUGACCGUGCUGCCGGUGCCUCCGCUGGCCGUGAGGCCCGCCGUGGUCAUGCAGGGCUCAGCUCGCAACCAGGACGAUUUGACCCACAAGCUGGCGGACAUUGUGAAGAUCAACAACCAGUUGAGAAGAAACGAGCAAAGCGGCGCAGCUGCUCACGUCAUCGCCGAGGAUGUGAAGCUCCUUCAGUUUCACGUGGCCACGAUGGUCGACAAUGAAUUGCCAGGACUGCCGAGGGCGAUGCAAAAGUCUGGCCGGCCUCUCAAAUCCAUAAAGCAGCGUCUAAAGGGAAAAGAGGGGCGAGUGAGGGGUAACCUGAUGGGCAAACGCGUGGACUUCUCGGCCCGAACCGUCAUCACCCCUGACCCCAACCUGCAGAUCGACCAAGUGGGCGUGCCACGAUCCAUCGCGGCCAACAUGACGUUCCCCGAGAUCGUCACACCCUUUAAUAUCGACAGAUUGCAAGAGUUGGUCCGGCGAGGCAACAGCCAGUACCCUGGAGCAAAGUACAUUAUCCGAGACAACGGAGACAGAAUCGACCUGCGAUUCCACCCUAAACCAAGUGACCUUCAUCUGCAAAUCGGCUACAAGGUGGAAAGGCACAUGUGCGACGGUGACAUCAUCAUCUUCAACCGACAGCCCACGCUGCAUAAAAUGUCCAUGAUGGGGCACAGAGUUCGGAUCCUGCCUUGGUCGACGUUCCGACUCAACCUCAGCGUCACCACCCCUUACAAUGCCGACUUCGACGGGGACGAGAUGAACCUCCACCUCCCCCAGUCGCUGGAGACGAGGGCGGAGAUUCAGGAGCUGGCCAUGGUGCCGCGGAUGAUCGUCACGCCCCAGUCCAACCGGCCCGUCAUGGGGAUCGUGCAGGACACCCUCACAGCCGUCCGCAAGUUCACUAAAAGAGACGUGUUCUUGGAGAGGGGUGAGGUGAUGAACCUCCUGAUGUUCCUGUCCACCUGGGACGGGAAGAUGCCUCAGCCGGCGAUCCUCAAACCCCGUCCGCUGUGGACGGGGAAGCAGAUCUUCAGCCUCAUCAUUCCAGGACACAUCAACGUGAUCCGCACCCACAGCACGCACCCCGACGACGAGGACAGCGGCCCGUACAAACACAUCUCCCCCGGCGACACCAAGGUCAUAGUGGAGAACGGGGAGUUGAUCAUGGGCAUCCUGUGCAAGAAGUCUCUGGGAACCUCGGCCGGCUCCCUCGUCCACAUCUCCUACCUGGAGAUGGGCCACGACAUCACCAGGCUCUUCUACUCCAACAUUCAGACGGUGGUCAACAACUGGCUGCUCAUCGAGGGUCAUUCCAUUGGUAUUGGAGACUCCAUUGCUGAUGCCAAGACGUACCUCGACAUCCAGAACACCAUCAAGAAGGCCAAACAGGAUGUGAUAGAAGUUAUUGAAAAAGCCCACAACAACGAGCUGGAGCCGACACCUGGUAACACCCUGAGGCAAACCUUCGAGAACCAGGUGAACCGCAUCCUGAACGACGCCCGUGACAAAACGGGAUCCUCUGCUCAGAAGUCGCUGUCCGAGUACAACAACUUCAAGUCCAUGGUGGUGGCCGGCUCCAAGGGCUCAAAGAUCAACAUCUCGCAGGUUAUCGCCGUGGUGGGCCAGCAGAACGUGGAGGGUAAGCGAAUCCCCUUCGGGUUCAAGCACCGCACGCUGCCUCACUUCAUCAAGGACGACUACGGCCCCGAGAGCCGAGGCUUCGUGGAGAACUCCUACCUGGCCGGGCUGACGCCGACCGAGUUCUUCUUCCACGCCAUGGGAGGCAGAGAGGGUCUGAUCGACACGGCUGUCAAGACCGCCGAGACGGGUUACAUUCAGCGUCGUCUGAUCAAAUCCAUGGAGUCUGUGAUGGUGAAGUACGACGCCACGGUGCGAAACUCCAUCAACCAGGUGGUUCAACUGCGUUACGGCGAGGACGGCCUGGCGGGAGAGAACGUCGAGUUCCAAAACCUGGCGACGUUGAAACCCUCCAACAAGGCGUUCGAAAAGAAGUUUCGGUUUGACUGCACCAACGAGCGCGCGUUGAGAAGGGUGCUGCAGGAAGACGUGGUGAAAGACGUGCUGACUAACGCACACGUGCAGAGCGUCUUGGAGAAGGAGUUUGAGAAGAUGAGGGAGGACAGGGAGAUCCUGCGGGCGAUUUUCCCCACUGGUGACAGUAAGGUGGUGCUGCCGUGCAACCUGGCCAGAAUGAUCUGGAAUGCUCAGAAGAUCUUCCGAAUCAACACUCGAACCCCAACAGACCUAAAUCCCCUGCGAGUGGUUGAGGGCGUUCAUGAGCUGAGUAAGAAGCUGGUUAUUGUCAAUGGCGAUGAUCCUCUGAGCAGGCAGGCCCAGGAGAAUGCCACUCUGCUCUUCAACAUCCACCUGCGGUCGACGCUCUGCUCCAAACGCAUGACGGAGGAGUUCCGCCUGUCCACCGAGGCUUACGACUGGCUGCUGGGAGAGAUAGAGACCAAGUUCAACCAAUCCAUUGCCCACCCUGGUGAAAUGGUCGGCGCUCUAGCUGCCCAGUCGCUGGGAGAGCCGGCCACCCAGAUGACCCUGAACACUUUCCACUACGCCGGAGUGUCGGCCAAGAACGUCACGCUCGGUGUGCCUCGUCUCAAAGAGUUGAUCAACAUCUCGAAGAGGCCCAAGACGCCAUCGCUGACUGUCUUCCUGCUGGGUCAGGCGGCACGUGACGCGGAGAGGGCUAAGGACAUCCUGUGUCGACUGGAGCAUACGACGCUCAGAAAGGUGACUGCCAACACCGCCAUCUACUACGACCCCAACCCUCAGAACACCGUGGUGGCCGAGGAUCAGGAGUGGGUGAACGUCUACUACGAGAUGCCGGACUUUGACGUGACUCGCAUCUCGCCGUGGCUGCUGCGCAUCGAGCUCGACCGCAAGCACAUGACUGACCGCAAACUGACCAUGGAGCAGAUCGCAGAGAAGAUCAAUGCAGGUUUCGGUGACGACCUCAACUGCAUCUUCAACGAUGACAACGCUGAAAAACUGGUGCUGCGAAUUCGCAUCAUGAACAGCGACGAGAACAAGUUUCAAGAGGACGAGGAGGUCGUGGACAAAAUGGACGACGAUGUGUUCCUGAGGUGCAUCGAGUCCAACAUGCUGACGGACAUGACUCUGCAGGGCAUCGAGCAGAUCAGCAAGGUGUACAUGCAUCUGCCUCAGACCGACAACAAGAAGAAGAUCAUCAUCACGGAGGACGGAGAGUUCAAGGCCCUGCAGGAGUGGAUCCUUGAGACGGACGGAGUGAGCCUCAUGAGGGUGCUCAGUGAGAAGGACGUGGAUCCUGUCAGGACCACCUCCAACGACAUCGUGGAGAUCUUCACGGUUUUGGGUAUCGAAGCUGUCCGAAAAGCUCUGGAGAGAGAGUUGUACCACGUCAUCUCCUUUGAUGGCUCCUACGUCAACUACCGCCACUUGGCUCUGCUUUGUGACACUAUGACCUGCCGCGGUCACCUGAUGGCCAUCACACGUCAUGGCAUCAACCGUCAAGACACCGGGCCUCUCAUGAAGUGUUCCUUUGAGGAGACGGUGGAUGUCCUGAUGGAGGCGUCCUCUCACGGAGAGUGCGACCCGAUGAAGGGCGUGUCGGAGAACAUCAUGCUCGGCCAGCUCGCCCCAGCAGGGACCGGCUGCUUUGACCUGCUGCUGGAUGCUGAGAAGUGCAAGUACGGCAUGGAGAUCCCGACAAACAUCCCCGGCAUCAGCGUGGCGGGGCCCACUGGAAUGUUCUUCGGCUCGGUGCCGAGCCCCAUGAGCGGUAUGUCUCCCGCCAUGACACCCUGGAACACCGGAGCCACCCCAGCGUACGGAGCAUGGUCCCCCAGUGUUGGAAGCGGCAUGACCCCUGGAGCAGCAGGUUUCUCUCCCAGCGCAGCGUCAGACGCGAGCGGCUUCUCUCCAGGUUACUCCCCAGCCUGGUCUCCCACACCAGGGUCACCGGGGUCUCCUGGACCAGUCAGUCCAUACAUCCCAUCUCCAGGUGGAGCCAUGUCACCAAACUACUCUCCCACCUCCCCUGCCUACGAGCCUCGUUCUCCGGGGGGCUACACCCCUCAGAGCCCAGGCUACUCCCCAACGUCGCCUUCCUACUCCCCCACCUCUCCCUCUUACUCCCCCACCAGCCCCAACUACAGCCCCACGUCUCCAUCGUACUCCCCUACUUCGCCCAGUUACUCCCCGACAUCUCCCUCCUACUCUCCGACGUCUCCAUCUUACUCCCCGACGUCUCCCUCCUACUCCCCCACUUCUCCCUCGUACUCCCCGACGUCUCCGUCAUAUUCUCCGACCUCUCCGAGCUACAGCCCAACAUCGCCGAGCUACAGCCCGACGUCGCCCAGCUACUCCCCUACUUCACCCUCCUACUCGCCAACCUCACCCUCUUACUCUCCCACUUCUCCAUCCUACUCCCCCACCUCCCCUUCCUACUCCCCUACCUCUCCGUCCUACUCUCCGACCAGUCCGAGCUACAGCCCCACAUCGCCGAACUACACCCCAACUUCCCCCAGUUACUCCCCUACCUCCCCUUCAUACUCUCCCACAUCGCCCUCUUACUCCCCAACCUCCCCCAACUACACACCAACCAGUCCAAACUACUCCCCAACUUCACCCUCUUAUUCCCCUACAUCUCCAUCCUACUCCCCCUCCAGUCCACGCUACACCCCUCAGUCGCCCACUUACACACCCAGCUCGCCGUCAUACAGCCCCAGCUCUCCAUCAUACUCCCCAACCUCGCCCAAAUACACCCCGACGUCCCCCUCGUACAGCCCCAGCUCUCCAGAGUACACCCCCACCUCUCCGAAAUACUCCCCGACGUCGCCAAAGUACUCGCCUACAUCACCGAAGUACUCCCCCACCUCCCCUACCUACUCCCCAACAACUCCGAAAUACAGCCCCACCUCCCCCACCUACAGCCCGGCCAUCAGCCCCGACGACAGCGACGAGGAAAACAACUGAGCUGCGGAGGAGGCGGGGGGGAGGCUGAAGGACAGCAGCAGCUUUAAUCGGCUUGAGAAGGUGGCGCUGUGGGACCCGUGACUCCACCGGGAAGCUGCUCCCUCCCCCCCACCAAGGCGUUCAAAACUGUUUGUGAAAGACUUGCGCUGCUUUACCUGAUGAGGGGUGAAAAUGUUGCCUUUUGAAGUAGUUUCUUUACUCUUUAAUUUCAAGAUGGGGUGUGAAGAAAAACUGAUAAUCCCCCAGAGGGAAUGAAAAGGGGAGGAAGAUGUGAACAUUUAAGUCUCUUUUUAACUUUGGUGUCCUGCAUCCAGUCCCUCUCUCUCUCUCUCUUUCUCGCAGUCUAUAAAUGCUGGUUGUGUCGUCGAUGGUGUACAUGUUGCCAAAAGCCUGAGAAGUAAAGAUUGUAUUCACCAUUUAAACAUAAACCAUAAUAUCACAAAAACUGUUUCUUGUUGAGCAUUUAAAGAAAGUUUAGGUGGACACAUUUGUAUCAUCUGCAUAAAUACACACUUUAAAAAAAGAAGAGAGAAACUGGUUAGGAGAGAAAGGACUUUUAUGUCCUUGCUCUGAACUUACAUGAGCAUAUAUGUAUCCAUCACCUCCAUCUUCUUCAUCCUUCACACCCCAAAAACCUGAAAGAUGUCACAAAACUACCCACCAGCAUCUUUUUGUCUACCAUUUUAGAAACUUGUACAUCAAAAGCAGACAAAAAAAAGAAACACUUUUCCAGAUGCUAAUCUUCCCUAGAAACUGGGAAUGUCGGAUUUCACGCAAGAAAUUGUAAAAAUGAAUCUGAUCUUUGAUUUUGAAUCUGUGACGGAAUGGAGCUCAGAAUAGAUGAGGGAUAAUAGUUUUGGUCUUGCUGCUUUUGUCCUUGUUUUCAGAAGUAGUGCACGUCUAUACAUUUUAAAAAUCCCUCCUACAUUUUUGCAAAUUUUUGUCCUAUUUCUAAUAGCUGAAGUGUACUUGCGUUCUGCUCAGUUUAUUUAUGAAGUUAACUACUAUUCUGUAUGAGUAUGAAUAGAGAAAAGAGUUUCAUUUUUUUUUUCUCGUUUGCUUUUGGUGACUUUUUAGUCCUGUUUGCAGGAAGUUCAUCUGCUCUGGAUGAAGAGGCAGGGGGACAGAUAUUAAUCGCCAGCUGACUUUCUCAUUUUAACUUUCUCGCUCCAGUUAAAAUAGCCUGGAAGUUUAAAGUCUGCAGAGGGAAACACUUUCUGUCCUGCUUCCUACAAAAGUCGGAGAUGGUAGAGUCACACUUUAUUUUUUAACAAGAAAUGGUCCAAAGAAACUGCACUGUUAGCCUUUGUUUUAAAAAUCCCACUACAGUAGUGCGAACUUCUUUUUUACAUCUUUACACAGCUUGCUGGCUUGGUAAAUUUGGGAGGUUGUUGUUGUUUGACCCUUCCUCGUUUGUUUUUGAAAUUACUGGUUUCCCUACCUCUUCAUCCUGGAGUUUCUAAAAUCAGUGUUUCCUUGUAUUUUUUUUUUCCUCCAUGCAUUUCACCUGUGAUGAGGGGAAAUCAUGGGAAGGAGGUGGUUUUAGCGUCGACUCCGACUGGGAGUCCCGCUGAGCUAAAAUGCAUAUUUUAGGUUCGGGAAAACGUGAUGCAAUCUAAUUUUGUGGAAACAAACAAAUCUGCUUCAUAUUUAGCCUCGGCUUGAAUGAGUGGCGUUUUCUGGCCUUAGACAUAAAGCGGGUCCGAUGGACAUUAAUUCCACAAAGUGUUGCAUUUUGUCCACUACGUUUGCAUCCAACGCUGUUGUCUUAACUGUGCUGUUUUGUCAGUCCACAACAACAGGACUCCCAUGUUGAAUGAAUGAGUUAGUGUGUGUACGUUUGUGUGACUGGAGCGUCUGAAGGUGAUGCAGGGUCUCAAGCUGAGGAAAGAAUUCAUCUGUCCAGUUUAAAGGAAGGUUUAACUUAAAGUUGCCACUGUAUAAAAAUCAAGUCAUGAUCUCAUUCUCUGUAUCUCUGUUCUGUUUGUUUUUUGACUUGAAAAAAUGAAUAAAAGUUUUACUAUA